GGAUUCAGUGAGAAGUUCCCGGAGAGGUUCUGAAGACCAAGGUGGUGUGUUUGAGACUGUGUCUAAACCAGAGUUUAAGAAAACUCCACAAGACUUAGAAGCCAGGGAAGGCAACCCAAUCAGGCUUGACUGUCUGGUCCUCGGACGCCCAGUCCCUGAACUGUUCUGGUACCGAAAUGGAGUCCAAGUUCAUCCAGAUGACAACCACAAGAUUGUUGUGAAUGAAGAUGGAGUGAACUCCCUUCUCAUCAUCUCUGCAUCCCGCCAUGAUGCUGGCACUUACACUUGUGUAGCCAAGAACAGAGGAGGCGAGGAUACUUUCACUGUCACUGUCAGAAUUCUCGAACGUGAGCAAAUGCAACCUCCACGCUUCAUUGAUCGCAUGCAAAACUACACUGUAGUUGAAGGUCACCCAGUUACCUUAAGAUGCGUAGCUACAGGAGUGCCUACACCCAUGAUGAGUUGGCAGAAAGAUGGACACAUGCUCAGUGAGCUAGACUACAGGAUUGAGACUGAUGGAGGCCGAUCCACCCUGUACAUCGACAGUGCAGAGGUCAGUGAUUCUGCCUGGUUCCAGUGCUCAGCUGUCAAUGUUGCUGGUACUGCAACUACACGCUGCAAGCUGGUUGUGGAAAGGGAUCUGACUAAAGUCCAGCAGCCUCCUCCAGUUGAACCCAGGAGAGUGAUCUCACC